CUAGCAAGCUAACACAAUUAGCUAUCUAAUAGUUCGCAGUAUCGUUCGAGACACCAGAAAAGGUUUUUGUAUUUUUAUUGGGUCUUCUUUAGGCUAUUUAUGUAGCUAGUCCGCUAGCUAGUUCUAACCGUUUACGGUAUUUGUAGCUUGCUAGAUACUGGUGCUGCUUAUUUCACAGAGCCGCUAGCUAGCUAGCAAGACAGCUCGCCAUUCACUUAACGGCGGGAUCGAUAGAAACGGCUUCUGAAGAGCAAGUUUGUUCUAAAACUUGGGCUGCCAGUUGGUCAGAUGUUGACAGAAAACAGGAAACGCAGGCGUAGCUGUAGCCAUGACGACGGCGAGCUUCUACCCCAGGCCAAGAGGACAGGCGGGGGUCAGACCCUCUUUUCUGAGCUAGGCCGGGACAUUUGGGACUCAGAGUCUUCCAGCAGUGACAGCAGUGUUGUAAGCAGCCCAGAGGGGGCAGCAGGGAGCAGCAGCAGCAGCCAGAGUGCGGUGGACAGCAGGGGGAGCCACUGUGCAGGGGGCUCCUGCAGCCCCGUCAGCUCAGCCCACUUGGCAGAGUCGGCGCCCGUGGGCCUGGGUCACUACCACCACAUCAACCGCAUCCUGCGAGAAGCCCACUUCCACAGCGUGCAGAGCCGGGCCCAGCCCACAGACACGUGACUCUGCACGCCCAGCUGGCCCCUCCCUCCGGGUCAGGGAGGACCACGCCCAGACCUGCAGAAGACCACGCCCCCUCUGUCCACAGGGCACCUCACAUGCUCACAGCUACCUGUCGGCUGCUUCAGCCGGCCUCCUCGCAGACCAUCCAUGGGGAGUGCCCCUCAUUUCUCAGCACCAUACUUCCUCUCAGCUGCCCAUUCAGCAAGGAGACAAAACACAGUUUGAAACAAGAUCUGCUACUUAUUUUUCCUUUUCUGGCCAGGUUGGUUUACACACUGGGCGCAGAGGCUAGUGGUGUAGGUGUCUGCUUCAGUCACAGGGUCUGGUUUUAGUGGAUGUUGUUGGAACAGGAGGGAGGGAGUGAUGGCUUUUCCUCUGCUGGGAGACACAAGAUUGCAGCCUCCAUUCCAUUGCCCCCUUUGCUUGCUUUGCCUCUCCCAGUGAGAUUGAGAGGCAGCUUAGUCGGCACAGUAUUUUCUCUUAGCAGUGUGUUGACGUUGUGGUAAUGCAUUAGCACAGCCACUGUGCUGUAGAAUGAAUAAAAUUUAGGUCUUUGCAAAGGAUUGCCCCUCUUUUCAUCUGCCAUAUGGGUUUUGCCAAAGUCGGAAUCUUAUCAAAGUGUCACUCAAGCUUUAAGUCAUAUUGGUGGUUUCUGCGAUACUCCUACAGCUUUGUCUGUUCAAUCACCUGAAUCAGAGCCAUCGGAGCAGUGGUGGACGGGGAGGGAGGGGGGGUCUUCCAGGUGCUAAACUGCAGUUUUAGGACACUCCAGCCUGUUGUAGGGAGUCUCUCUCCCGGCCAGUCCAAGUCUAAUCUUCUUUGCUCUGAAGAAGCACCAGAACUGCAUCUUUGCUCUCUCGAAGCACUCCUGUUUGGCACUUUAUCUGACCGCAGAGUGGUGACGGUCCUGUAUUGCUGAACACUCGGCUCCGUGCUGCAGCCCUGAACGCUCACCUGCUGACGCGUCCUACUCUGGAGUCAUGUGAUCCUGUCUCUACCUGAGCACUGACCGUUACGCUGUUUAUUCGACCAGUCACUGUGUGUCCCAGCCCUGAGCGCUAACCGGCCACCGCGUUUCUCUGAGCGCUGACCGGUCACUGUGUGUCCCGGCCCUGAGCACUGACCGGUCACUGUGUGUCCCAGCCCUGAGCGCUGACCAGUCACCGCGUGUGUGAGUACUGACCGGUCACUGUGUCCCGGCCCUGAGCACUGACCGGUCACCGCGUGUCCCGGCCCUGAGCGCUGACCGGUCACCGCGUGUCCCGGCCCUGAGCACUGACCAGUCACUGUGUCUCGGAGCGCUGACCGGUCACUGUGUCCUGGCCCUGAGCACUGACCGGUCACUGUGUGUCCCGGCCCUGAGCACUGACCGGUCACUGUGUGUCCCGGCCCUGAGCACUGACCGGUCACUGUGUGUCCCGGCCCUAAGCGCUGACCGGUCGCUGUGUGUCUCACCCUGAGGGCUGAAUGGUCACUGUGUGUCUCUGACUGUGAGCGCUGACCGGUCACUGUGUCCUGGCCCUGAGCACUUACUGUGUGGCUGUGUGUCCACACCCCUUCCUGCGGUCAGUGUGUGGCAUGUGGACACAGGCCCUGCCUCCUGUCCCUCACCCUUAUCUCAGGGCCCCCAGCAGUCCCAGGCUUGACAGGCUAUUUGUUAUAUAUUUACAUGAAUUUAAUGAAAAGCAACAUUUGAUUGUUAACAUUAUGUUUUGUAUUUAGUAUUGGACAUGAACUUUUA